AUGGGAGGAGUCACUUCGAAAGUAAACGUGGACGUUGUGCAAGACCAGGUGAAAAAAGAUCCCGUGGUGAUGUACACAAAAACGUCAUGCACAUUCUGUAAUAAAGCAAAGGAUUUGUUCGCUGAUGUGAAAGUCGCAUACAAAGAAGUGAACUUGGACAAUCUCAAAGCAGCUCAACCAAACGAUUAUCUCGGAAUUGUUAAUGGACUAGUUUACACGACAAGACAGACAAGUGUGCCUCAGAUCUUCAUUUGCGGCAGAUUCGUUGGUGGAUACACAGAACUUGAUGCUCUCCGCAAUUCUGGUCACCUCUUCGAAGCAAUCGCUCAAUGUACUGGAGAGAACGCCCCUCACGAAUAA